UCACAUUCAGCAACAUUCAACGGACGAGCGUGCGUUUAAUGUUCAAUGUCGGCCACAUGGGUGCCGUGACGCGCGCAGCCUCUUUGCUAACGCCGCUGGCUCCGAGCUAACGUUGACCAUUCCCAAACCGCAUUCAUUUAGGGGGACUUGCGUUGAGCCGACACGGAUGCAGUGGGUUUAAAAACCUCAUUUAAUCUGUGGACAGCUAUUCACGUCUUCACCUCAUCGUGCUAUCUGGCGUCACCUGUCACCUGUCACCUGCCAGCCCCCGACGUAUGGCAGCCUGCCACCAGCCAGGGUGGAUCUGCCAGCUGAUGUUGUCUCCGUUUCUUUGCCCACAAACGCAUGACAGCAGGACGGCGGAUCGGAACAUGGAAGCUGGAAGUGUCCCGUCGCCAGCAUAGGAGGGCUUCUCUGUGAGGUUGUCGCUGUGUGACUGAGCUCGCAGGCGAAGAGGAAGAUGCCUCCCAGGCCGUCCUCAGGGGAGCUAUGGGGCAUCCACUUGAUGCCCCCCAGGAUCCUGGUGGACUGCUUGCUGCCCAAUGGAAUGAUUCUGACCCUCGAGUGCCUCCGAGAAGCCACGCUCAUUACCAUCAAACACGACCUUUUCAAGGAGGCCAGGAAAUGUCCGCUCCACCAACUGCUGCAGGAGGAGACAUCCUACAUCUUUGUCAGUGUCACACAGGAAGCAGAGCGGGAGGAGUUCUACGACGAGACCAGAAGACUAUGCGACCUCCGACUCUUCCAGGCCUUCCUCAAGGUCAUUGAACCAGUUGGCAACAGAGAGGAAAAGAUCCUCAACAGAGAGAUUGGUUUUGCCAUUGGUAUGCCUGUGUGCGAGUUUGACCUUGUGAAGGAUCCCGAGGUUCAGGACUUCAGGAGAAACAUCCUGAAUGUGUGUAAGGACUCUGUGGAGCUGAGGGAUGCCAGCGGGCCCCACAGCCGAGCGCUCUAUGUUUACCCACCCAAUGUCGAAUCCACACAGGAGCUACCCAAGCACAUCUAUAGCAAACUGGACAAAGGUCAGAUUAUCGUUGUGAUUUGGGUGAUUGUUUCUCCAAACAACGACAAACAAAAGUAUACAUUGAAGAUCAACCACGACUGUGUCCCGGAACAGGUGAUUGCAGAGGCCAUCCGGAAGAAGACACGCAGCAUGCUGCUGUCCCCAGAGCAGCUAAAGAUGUGCGUUCAGGAAUAUCAGGGUAAAUACAUCCUCAAAGUGUGUGGCUGUGAUGAGUACCUGCUGGAAAAGUACCCCAUCAGCCAGUACAAGUAUAUCCGUAGUUGCAUCAUGCUCGGCAGGCUGCCCAACCUGAUGCUAAUGGCUAAGGACAGCCUGUAUAGUCAGUUGCCAACGGAUAACUUUGUCAUGCCGUCCUACUCUCGACGCAUCUCCACGGCAACGUCCUACAUGAACGGCGAGGCAGCUGUCAAGUCUCUGUGGACCAUCAAUGGGACCCUGCGAAUACGAAUCCUCUGUGCCACCUACGUUAACGUCAACAUACGGGACAUAGACAAGAUAUAUGUGAGAACAGGCAUUUACCAUGGAGGGGAACAAAUGUGUGAUAACGUGAACACACAGAGAGUACCCUGCUCUAACCCAAGGUGGAAUGAGUGGCUCACCUAUGACAUGUACAUCCCAGACAUCCCCCGUGCCGCCCGACUCUGCCUCUCCAUCUGCUCCGUCAAGGGCAGGAAGGGAGCCAAGGAGGAGCACUGCCCUCUAGCUUGGGGUAAUAUCAACUUGUUCGACUACACUCACACUCUAGUAGCCAACAAGAUGGCUCUGAACCUCUGGCCCGUCCCUCACGGCCUGGAAGAUCUCCUCAACCCCAUUGGAGUCACAGGCUCCAACCCCAAUAAGGAAACACCAUGUCUGGAGCUGGAGUUUGACCACUUCAGUAGUUCGGUCAAAUACCCAGAUAUGAAUGCAGUAGAGGAUCACGCCAACUGGACCAUCUCGAGGGAACUGGGGUUCAGCUACAACCUCUCUGGACAGAGCAACCGGUCGGCGAGAGAUCACGCCCUGACGGAGAGCGACACGGAGCAGAUGAGACAGCUGAGUAACAGAGACCCUCUUUCAGAAAUCACCGAGCAGGAGAAAGACUUCCUCUGGAGACACAGGCACUACUGCGUGAACAUACCUGAGAUCCUUCCCAAGAUCCUUCUGGCUGUGAAAUGGAACUCCAGAGAUGAAGUAGCACAGAUGUAUUGCCUGUUAAAGGAAUGGCCGUCUAUCCGUCCCGAGCAGGCCAUGGAGCUGUUGGACUGUAACUAUCCGGACCCCAUGGUCAGGCACUUUGCUGUACGCUGCCUCGACAAAUACCUCACUGACGACAAACUGUCCCAGUACCUGAUCCAGCUUGUACAGGUAUUAAAAUAUGAGCAGUACCUUGAAAAUCCCCUGGCACGUUUCCUCCUGAAAAAAGCCCUUACCAAUCAAAGGAUAGGUCACUUCUUCUUUUGGCAUCUCAAGUCGGAAAUGCACAAUAAGACAGUGAGCCAGAGGUUUGGGCUGCUGUUGGAGGCUUACUGCAGGGCGUGUGGCAUGUAUCUCAAACACCUGAGCAGGCAGGUAGAGGCCAUGGAGAAGCUCAUCAACCUCACCGACAUCCUUAAACAGGAGAAGAAGGAUGAGACGCAGAAGGUCCAGAUGCGGUUCCUUGUGGACCAGAUGAAGAGACCAGACUACAUGGAUGCUCUGCAGAACUACACCUCUCCUCUAAACCCUGCACACCAACUGGGAAACCUGAGGUUAGAUGAAUGCAGAAUCAUGUCAUCAGCGAAGAGGCCGCUGUGGCUGAACUGGGAGAAUCCUGACAUCAUGUCUGAGCUGCUCUUUCAGAAUAAUGAGAUCAUCUUCAAAAAUGGAGAUGACUUGCGGCAGGAUAUGCUGACGUUGCAGAUCAUUAAAAUCAUGGAGAACAUUUGGCAGAAUCAGGGACUGGACCUCCGGAUGCUUCCCUAUGGCUGCCUGUCGUUAGGAGACUGUGUGGGUCUUAUCGAGGUGGUUCGCAGCUCCCACACCAUAAUGCAGAUUCAGUGUAAAGGAGGCUUGAAAGGAGCUCUGCAGUUCAACUCAAACACGCUGCAUCAGUGGCUCAAGGACAAGAAUAAGGGCGAGAUGUAUGACAUGGCUGUGGAUCUGUUUACAAGAUCCUGUGCUGGCUACUGUGUAGCUACGUUUAUCCUUGGGAUAGGAGACAGACACAACAGCAACAUUAUGGUCAAAGAUGAUGGACAGUUGUUCCAUAUAGAUUUCGGCCAUUUCCUGGAUCAUAAGAAGAAGAAAUUUGGCUACAAGAGAGAACGAGUUCCCUUUGUACUGACGCAAGACUUCCUCAUCGUCAUCAGCAAGGGAUCCCAAGAGUGUGCAAAGACCAAAGAGUUUGAGAGGUUCCAAGAGAUGUGUUAUAAGGCCUACCUGGCCAUCCGGCAGCAUGCUAACCUCUUCAUCAACCUCUUCUCCAUGAUGCUGGGCUCCGGCAUGCCUGAGCUGCAGUCCUUUGACGACAUCGCCUACAUCAGGAAGACGCUCGCCCUGGAGAAGAGCGAACAGGAGGCGUUGGACUACUUUAUGAAACAGAUGAACGAUGCUCACCACGGAGGAUGGACCACCAAGAUGGACUGGAUAUUCCACACAAUUAGACAGCAUGCACUAAACUGAUCUUCUGCAAUCAAACAAAAAGCACCAUUCACACUGUGCAGUAACAGGAAGUUUGGAGCUUGAUUUAAUUAUUUCGUUCUGUUUAAAGACCAUUUUUAUUUAUCCCAGCAAGGUUCCGUUGUUGCUUCAUUUUCUUUCCAUUAUCAUCCGACCUUCUUGCAGUCUUGAUGCCCUCACUUCAGCCUCCGUAAAGGCAGAUCCUUGAUACUGUUUUUUGCUGUUUUCUUUUUUUACCCAACAAACGGGAUAACUUUUUUUGAGAAAUUUGUGUCUGCCAAUCUCUAAAUGCAGCCGCAAAGUCAGUCCGCACUCCGACUCCACCUCAAAGAGGUGGUGCUUGGGAAGCUUUUUAAUCGCAUCUCCGCUGAGAAGAUGGCGGGCACAAGGAAUCCUACAUAAUAAGUGUUACAGUACAGUGCAGGAGUACUGCAGUGUGGGGUCUUCUGUGAGGACUACCACUGGACAGCCUGUAUCUGUUGAGAAAGCUGCCCUCCCGAGCUGACUUGGUGUCAGCUUUGCCAACUUUUAAACCUUUGUGAGGAAAUCUCAAAGGUUAGAAACUGCAGAAGAGUUGCUGGUUUGUUUUGCACACCGUCAGUUUAAAAAGCACAUGACCCUGGGGAAGACUUGUUGGUGGUGCAGCAUGUGACUCUUGUGUAAACUUCAGGGUAUUGAUGCCUCUCCAUAAAAAACUGCACUUACAAAUAACAGCAGGUAUAAUAUGCCUUUCUUAUUUAUUUAUCUAUCCAUUUUUCAAGUUUCUACAUACACAGGCAAACAUCUACAGCCGUUGCUAUUGUACAUGCUAUUGUAGUUUGUUUUUUUUCCUUUUCCUUUUUCCUUUCCUUCUGUCUAUUGAGUGUGUAGGACUGCAGAUACCUUUUUUUUGCCUCUGUCCCUUUGAAGUAAAUAUCUUAUUUGACCGAUUUAGUGGCAGCCAAAUUUGUGUCAUUCUGGCUAGUCUGCAGCCCUCUGAGUUAGUAAAAUAUGUGUUUGGGGAUGCAAAUUGAUGAGAAUGAAGAAAACUUUUAUGACUAUUGGGACCGAUUCCAAGAGUGCGGCUGUCUGUUUUAUUGACGAGCAGAAGACACGAGGAUGUCGUGUCUUCCUGUUGAUGAAAUGCCUCGGCAUCUCAACACUGCAAACUGCCAACACAUUAGCGCAUUGCCACACGUUCCACAUCUUGGCAUCCUUCUUUCACAUAUUUGGCAUAUAAGAGGAAAAUCAACACAGGACGCCAGGGCGCAUUUUUAUUUCAUUGUCUGUUUUAAGCGGGCAAAUGUCAAAGUGGUGGUCUGCUCUGAUGUUUCACGCAUAUGUGUGAAGUUCACAUUAUUGCAGAAGGAUCUGCUAGAAUGUAUUUGAUUGCUAACAUGGACCUUACUUGCACUCAUCUUUUAGUGUUUUUUGCAUCUUUCGUAUGUCAGAGGCAGUGCUACUAACCCCGCAGUAGGUCAUUAGGUCAUUAGCAAUCUCUUCUCUCCUGAUUUUUAUUAUGUGCCAAAUCACUGAGGCCAGUGAGCUAACUGAUAAAAAUCCCUUAUUGCAGUAAUGAAUAUUGAGUGAAAAGAGGCUAACGGUGGGCAAUGCACUUAAAAAGAGUAGUUGUUGUAAUGCUCCAAAAGGACCACGUAAGAUGUUAGCCUAGUUAGCAUGAUUUAUAAACAGCAUAUCCAGUAGGUAUGAUGUACAUUUUGAAGCAGCGUUCAGCUGUCCGUGUGUACAUUCACAGUCAGACCUCUUUUCUAUGGUGGGCGGUGUGUGUCGUGUGCAUUCGUUGUCUUUCUGUACAGGUUGCAGAGCUUCAUUGGCGGGCCCCAAUGAAGAGCCACACUCUAUGUACAUUUCCACGUGUGACGACACUUACCUGUGGAAGUUGAGGUUUUGUUGUUGUAAAACAAGGACGGUGCAGUGUGGGUGUGAGGGUGUGCAUUGUACUUUCAUCAUGCAGCGAUAGUUGAAGCAUGGAGAACAGGCUGUUUGUUUGACGUUGGCGGGGAUGGUUUUUGGGGGCCACAGUCCCACAUCUCACACAGAGAAAACACACUUACUUCUUGAACUACGCUUGUGCUUCUGUCAAAACGUCUAAAAUCAGGUUCAAUAAGAACUGUGACAAAGUAUCUUACAGGGUCUAACACGGUUUAAUAAUCUUAGCUGAUCAGCCAGUUAUUAUGUCGCACUAGUUCACUUAAAGCCGAUAUGUCAAAACCUGUCUGAUAAUAUUGAUCAACGUCCUGCAGGAGAUUUACAAUAACACAAUGACACCUACUUGUGCAGUGAAAUACUUUUACGUUUAGUAGAGAAAAGGUCAAUCCCAAUUCUAUUUUCCUUCAGUAACAGUAACACAGCUGACUUCAGUAAGCUGUGAUUUGAACACGCAGUGGAAAUAAUGACACAAACACCCAGAUAUAAUGAAAUGUAUCCAUAUCCAUGGCGUAAAUAUUUUUUACGUGAACCCUAUUUUGUUUUUCAUGGCCGACAAGUAUUUAAUCUAAGGUGUUUAAUGUUACUGUUUGCGUCAUUGACAGGUGUUCACGUUAUUGUGUCUACCACCUGAAUGAAUAUGGGCCCUGGAAUGAAGCGAAUGAAAAAAACAUUUUUAAACCCACAGUGAAAGAAAGAAUGUAAACUCUCCCUUUGAAGAGAAAUAUGGAUCUAACGGUGGUGUUAUUUUCUGUAAGCAGUGCUCUUAACCACAUUACGGUGUUUUCCUGUCUUUUAUACAAUGUACCACGCUGUCAGAACCUUAACAUAUACUAUGAAUGAAUGUACAACGGGCCAAUGUAGUGUUUUUCACAGUAGAACUGCAUGUUUUCUGUCUGCUAAGCAGCCAUACAGAUGUUUAUAAAUGAAUGCCUUAAGUUUGCUCUGUGUAAGAACAGUUUUAUCUUCACAAUAAGCUGUGUUUUUUAUUUAUUUAUAAAUGUAUAUUGUAUAUCAUGUUGGCUCCCCGGUUACAGAGUAACGGUUUGUUCCUGACUGACUGACUUAUCUUAGUGUUCUGUGAAGAUUUGAAAAUAAAUUUGCUAAACAUA